AUGGCCGGUCAGCAACGACCAGAAGUCUUUCGUUCGACGACAAGAGAAGUCGUCUGUGUUUUAACUCUGUGUUCUUCUGUCGCUACAUCAAGUCUCGGUUCUGGUUCUCUCCAAGUUGCUCUCCCUAAAAUCGGGAAAUACUACAACAUCGAUGGAGGGGAUCUGACAUGGAUCAUUGCUUCUGGUACUUUGACCGCUGGUUCCUUUCUUCUGCUUUGUGGUUCUCUCUCGGACAUUGUUGGUCGAAAACGUAUGCUAUUCAUCAGUUACGGAUGGUUUUCUCUCUGGAAUCUCGCUGCUGGUUUUGCCAAAAGCCAUAUCCUGUUCGACAUAUUUCGUGGCCUGGCCGGAAUUGGAACUGUAAGUUCGAUGGCCGGAGCUAUUCCUGCUUGUGUCGGGAUCCUAGGAUCUACGUAUCAACGAGGAACAAGGAAGAAUAAGGCUUUCGCUGUCCUCGGCGGGUUCCAACCUCUUGGCUACGUCUUUGGUAUUGUCACUGGUGGUAUUGCAACUGAGUUCCUCUCAUGGCAGGCGAAUGUCUGGUUCCUGGCGAUCUUGUACACUGCUAUCACGAUCCUUACAUGGUUCUUUGUCCCAUCAGACCAAGAACUUCUUGAGCAUGUCCAGAAGCAGGAGCUGCAAGGCAACCGGAUGAGUGGUAUCCAGCAGUCACAGUCCGUCAUCGUUCAAAAGCCCAUCUCGACCCUCCUUAAACAAGUCGACUUCAUUGGAGCCUUUCUUGUCACUGCUGGUUUCGCCCUUUUUGUCUUCUCACUCACUUCAGCAUCCAAAGCUGCUAGCGGAUGGACUUCCCCCGAAAUCCUGUCCUGUCUUAUCAUCGGACUCGCACUCGUUUUCGCAUUCUUGGGAUGGCAGUGGUAUAUUGGUCGCAAAGAUAAUGAGUCCGGCGUGCAGCCGCUUAUGCCAUUAUCUAUUUGGAAGUAUCCUAAUCUUGGAUUGGUUAUGGUCAUUGUUACGCUCGGAUUCAUCAACUUUACUGGAGUCCUGAUGUUCUGGAGUACGCUUUGGUUCCAAGAAAUUAAUAAGGUUUCUCCUUUGAUGACUACAGCCCGUUACCUACCGCAAGUUAUUGGAGGGUUUAUAGUCAAUGCUUUUGCUGCUUAUACUCUCCAUAUUAUACCCGGAAAACUACUUUUAAUUGUCGGCAUGGUUUCGUUUACCGGUUCCACUUUGUUAUUCGCUCUCCAACCUGCAAAUGUUUCUUAUUGGGCUAUGGCUUUUCCUUCAUUGUGUUUAUCAGUUAUCGGCGCCGACCUGGUCUACAUGGUUUCCAAUCUUUUCGUCUCAGAGUCGGUCCCAAACAAUCUCAAGUCAACCGCUGGCGCCGUUUUCAACACUGUCAUUGCUCUAGCUAACACUAUUGGCCUGGGUGCCGGCGCAGCAGUCGCCAAUUCAGUCGCUAACCGUGGACCCCGUGCUGGCGAGAGUGCCGAAGACUUCACUGUUCGGACUUAUCAAUCCGCUUUCUGGUUUGCAACAGCCGCAACAGCAAUUGCUACGAUCCUUUGUUUGUUUGUGAAGGUUGGACGACAAGGUCAUGAAAAACCGGGAGAUAUUGAAGAUUCUACUUCAGAAAACGGUGUUCAUGGUGCCGUUGAAGCUCAUCAGAACAAUGAGAGUGGGACCACUGUCAUUGCGGCCGAAGGGCAAGAAAAGGGACUCGAAAUAGACCGUAGUACACCAAUGCAGUCUUUGUCUGUUCUGGAUUUCGACGACAAGGGAACAACUGUUGCUAACAGUCCUAUACCUCCCGAAAGUCAUGAACCUAAAGUUGAAUUUGAUGAGAAAAAGGGCUAA